GGUCUGUCAAGCACAUGUGUUGUGAUCAUUUUUAGGUUAUAUUUGAUGUUUUCGUAAAAUAACAACUAAUUUAAAAUGGAAACGGAAACGAAGCGGCUUUUGUGCUGCUUUAAAUCAGAAAAUGGAGAGGUAGCUGGAGACAUGAUGGAUCUACCGAUAGACUGUUCCUUGCAGCAGCUUACUCUGAUUUGCAAUUCCCUUCUGCAACAAGAAGAGCCCUUGCCGUUUUUAUUUUAUGUUAACGACACUGAAAUAACGCACACACUCGAGAAAGCGCUAAAUAUAUCGAAUUUAAAUACUGAAGGAGUUCUUGAUAUUAUUUAUCAGCAACAGGCUGUAUUUAAAGUACGGCCCGUAACGAGAUGUACGAGUUCGAUACCGGGACAUGCAGAGGCCGUUAUUUCAGUCAGUUUUAGUCCCGAUGGUAAGCAUUUAGCUAGUGGAUCCGGUGAUACUACUGUUAGAUUCUGGGAUGUGGACACUCAAACGCCUAUGUUCACCUGUGAAGGGCACAAAAAUUGGGUUUUAUGCAUAGCAUGGUCACCCGAUAGUUCCAAACUUGCUUCUGCUUGCAAAGAUGGUAAAAUAAAUAUUUGGGAUCCUUUUACUGGCAAACAAAUGGGUAAAACAUUAACAGGACACAAGCAGUGGAUUACGAGUUUAAGUUGGGAGCCUUAUCACAAAAACCCCGAAUGCAGAUUUUUAGCGAGUUCAUCUAAAGAUGGAGAUAUUCGAAUUUGGGAUACAACACUGUGCACUAGUAUUAUGUGUUUAACCGGCCACACGAAAAGUGUCACUGUGGUUAAAUGGGGAGGAAAUGGUUUAAUUUACUCGGCAUCGCAAGAUAGAAGUGUAAAAGUUUGGAGGGCUAAAGAUGGAGUGGUAUGUCGAUCACUGGAGGGACAUGCCCAUUGGGUUAACACUCUAGCCUUAAGUACAGAUUACAUUUUAAGGAUAGGAGCAUUCGACCCGGUGAAAGAUUCGAAUAAAGAUACUUUAAUGCCCGAUAAAAAGAAGUCACAAGAUUUCGCAUUAGAACGGUAUUACAAAAUCACUGAAGCCCACGGGGAGCGAUUAGUUUCUGGAUCUGAUGAUUUCACCUUGUUCUUAUGGAACCCAGAAAAAGAUAAAAAGCCAUUAGCUAGGCUAACAGGACACCAACAAUUAGUGAAUGAUGUGAAAUUUUCCCCUGAUGGUAGAAUUCUAGCUUCGGCUUCAUUCGAUAAAUCAAUCAAACUAUGGGAAUCGAAAACUGGAAAAUUCAUUUGUACAUUACGCGGGCACGUCCAGGCUGUCUAUAUGGUCUCGUUUUCAGCGGAUUCCAGACUCAUGGUCAGCGGUAGCGCCGACUCUACACUUAAAUUAUGGAAUCUAACGAGCAAAAAACUAGAAAUUGACCUUCCAGGCCACGCUGACGAGGUUUACGCCGUCGAUUGGUCAACCGAUGGUUUAAAAGUCGCCUCCGGUGGCAAAGAUAAAGUGUUAAGAUUAUGGCAGAAUUAAUUUUUUGAAUAAAUAAACAGCAAACUGUAAUGUUU